AUGAGAGCAAGAGGUCUCGGAGCAACAUUGUGCUAUAAUAAUACUAACUGGGGAAUUUUUUCUCUUUUUUCUUUAGCUGUCCAUGGUCCUAAAGUAUAUAAAGACCACGAUAAGGUUGAUUUGUUCAUAAAUAAGGUGCAAUCCGACAACAGCCAACUUCCAUAUUCAUAUUAUGAACUUCCCUUCACUUGUUCCGCCAAUGAAGCGACAUCACAAGUUCCUUUGUCUUUAGGUCAAAUAUUUAGGGGAGAUAGAAUUGUGAAAUCUGAUUACCAAUUGUCCUUCAAGGAUGAUUCUGAUUGUGCCAAAACCUGCGUGACCUUGAUAAGUAGUCAAGGGGUCAGAAAAGCUCAAGACUUGAUAAAGCAGAAUUAUUCAAAUGAAUGGAUCAUCGAUGGUUUACCUAGCGCCACCACCUUGAUCCACACCGAAGAUCUUAGUAAGCUUUAUAGGCCGGGUUUCCCUAUUGGCUUUAUGGAAAAUGGUAAAUAUUAUUUGAACAACCAUGCAAUGAUUUUGAUAAGAUUCCAUCGAGAAGCAAAUGACGGUUAUUCCAUUGUGGGGUUUGAGGUUUAUCCCAAGAGUGUCGCUACCGAAAAAUGUCCUGGUGCUUUGAAUAAUUAUGAAAGACUUGAACUCAGUGAUAGCUUAAUAUCCACGGUAUACGGUGGAAUAUUGGUACCAUAUACCUAUGCGGUGUAUUGGCGUGAGGAAACUGAAGUCAAUUAUGAAAAUCGAUGGGAGUUAUACAUGAAUAAAGAAGAAGACAAUAGCCUACACUAUUUUUCAUUGGUAUAUUCAUUGAUUUUUACAAUAAUCUGCUCGGUGAUUGUUGGGUUAGUUUUAGCAAAAUUGCUACGCAACGAUAUUAAGAACCACAAUAGAGACGACGAAAGUACGGGCCUGAGCAUGAAUGGGUGGAGGAAAUUGCGAAACGAUGUUUUUAGCUCACCUUCUGGUUGCUUGAUAUUCUGCAUUCUUGUUGGAGCAGGAAUUCAAUUAUUGGUAACGGUUUCUAGCGUGGUGUUUCUUUUUGCCUUCAAAAUUCUCGAUAACAAUGUACCUGGGAAAACUCUAACUUAUGCCACGUUCUUGUUUAUCUUAUCCGGAGGAAUUGCCGGAUACGUUACUUAUUUCUUUUAUGACAAUUUUGUGUUCUGUGAUCGAAGAUUGAGUCGUGGUAGGUCAAAUAGUGUGAUCCCUAGAAGAAAAUUGAAGCUUGCUAGUAACAAGUCAAAAAGAACAAUUAAUAGCUCAUUUGAUGAUAUCGUUCAUGAUUGGUUUCACGUCUCAUUGUAUUCUGGGGCUGCAUUGGCUGGGUUUAUCAUUUUUACCGUUCUCUUUUUGAACUUUUUCAUUUGGGCCAAAGAAUCUUCUACCGCUUUACCGUUUGGAACAAUAGUAGUGUUGAUUGUAUUUUAUUUCUUUUGUGAAAUCCCUUUGGCUUUGAUUGGUGGGUAUAUUGCUUACAAGAACUGUCUCAGACAGCAUGAACAGAGAAUCUUAUUACCACCUCCUGUGACUUCGCCAAUCGCGUCGCCAAAUAUGGAUGAAUUUAAUAUUAAUAAUAAUAAUAAUCAUAAUAAUGGAGAAUUGAAUAAUAAGACUACUGAUUCUUUGCUAUCAAAGCAAACUAAACCCCUGAUGGUGCCUAAUCAACCGUUUUAUUUGAAGCAUUGGAACAGUAUCCUCAUUUCCGGGCUCAUUCCAUUUAUUUGUUUCUAUAUUGAGUUGUUCUACAUCUACAAGGUCAUCUGGCUUGAGAAAAAUUCCUUUUAUUAUCUCUAUGGAUUUUUGUUCAUUACAAUUGUCUUACUUUUAAUUUUGGUUUGCGAGUCUGUUAUCAUUGCAUUGUAUUUGCAAUUGAAUAAUGGAGAUUAUAGAUGGCAAUGGAAGUCAUUUUUCGUUGGUGGGGCUAUGGCCAAUUACGUGAUGAUGUACUCGAUAUUUUAUUUUGUGAAGCACUUGAGAUCCCACUACGACUUUGUUUCCUCGUUGCUAUAUUUUACGUAUUCAUUUUUGAUUUAUUUAUUGAUGGUUUUAUCUUUGGGAUCAGUCGGAUCGAUCACUGGUUACCUUUUUGUCAAGAAAAUUUAUGGGACUAUGAAGAUCGAUUGA